AUGUUCAAGCUCCCGCGCCGCCCGCGCCCGCCCAAGAUCCCACUGGCGCCUCCCGGUUCCUUUGCGCUACACAACUACUUUAGCGCACUGGGAUACCUCGCCCUCCUUCUUGGGUCGUGUAUCGUUGUCCUCCCCCGCUCGACCGAUUACUUUUACCCCGGCGGCCAUCACAGCCAGAGCACAAGUUCUGACCGGCCCGAACACCCGUGGCUCACGCCCAUCACGGCACACCCAGCCGGUACGGCGGCGUGGUGUGCGGCCGGCGUGGCGAUUACCAUGAUGUGGUGGGGUGCCAAGAUGGCACGUUGGUGGGGCACGCCGGAGACCUUUGGCGAGCGCUCCCGCGACGCCAUCCUCGCGACCGCUGGCACAGCCAUCCUCCUCCUGAACGCCAUCACGCUCCUCGGUGUACCUGUCAGCCACAUCCUCGAGUCGGCCUUGCUGUCUCUCACGCUCGCUCUCCUGACCGCCUGGCCGAUCGUGUACGUCCUCGGCAUCCCCAGCCUGUACGACGACGGCAUCGUCGCCCGCUGGCGCUUGACGCGCCUCGUUUGUGCGACUGACGCGCAUGACUCCAAAGAGCGCGCUCUCGCGUUCCCCCUCGCAGGUACGCUGAUCGGCGCGUGGGUCGGCGCAAUCCCGCUCGCGCUCGACUGGGAUCGCCCAUGGCAGAGCUGGCCCCUCACUCCCCUCGUUGGCUCGCUCGUCGGCUUUGUUGCGGGUGGAUACUGGGCGUUUAUAAAGUCUGCACUCACGGCACUCCACAAGGACAUUGCCGACGAGCAGGCCGCAGAGGCUGCCGCCGCCGACGUAGCCAAGGCGCCCGCGCGCAAGCGUAAAAACAAGACCAAGUAG